UAUUCCUCACUUUUGGACACCUACUUCUACUAUACUUUUAUCAAAAACAAUGGUCCUGAAACCACAAUGAACAUUCAACCAGACGCAUUUUUCGGUAUAAUGUUCGUUUAUUUAUUCAUAAGUUUUGCUUGGAUGGCACUUUCUGUUUAUAUUUACACAGGAAACAAGAGAAAAUUUCCCGUUAAUAAAAUGACAACAGCAAUGAUAUUUUGGGCAUGUGUUGCGACCGCUAAUUUACUAAUUGAUCUAAUUUUUUGUUCAUUUUUGGGGGCAGAUUACAAAACAGCGAUCGACAAUUACAAUAAAACAAAAAAUAUCACAACUAAACUUGCCUACAUGUACUCAACUCUUGUUUAUGGUAUUAUGAUGGUUUUAGCAGCUCGGGGAUUUAUUUUGUGGGUCAUUAAUGCAAUUUUAACUGGAUUUGUAAUCAGAGCUUGUUGUGACUUAUCGAAAAGUCCUAAUCAUGUAAAAAGCAACCCAUUUAGUUCAGUUCCGAGGUCAAACGUCUACAUUAGUAAUUUGCCUGAAGAAGCUCGAAAUUUCCAAAUUGACGAAACUAGGAGACGUACGGAGCCAGGGCUGGCUUCGAUCCCUUCACAGUCCGAUUUAUUGAGCACUUCUAGUAGUUUUGCUCCUGUGAAUAAAAACAUGCUUGCUAAUUAUGACCCACAAGUGGAGCACAGACUUCAGCAAUAUACAGUGWYGAUGACGUCACAAUUGAGAAAAUAUUAAUAAAAUGU